AUGGCUGGACAGAGGCUGGACAGCCGGACAGACAGCCAGCCAGUCAGCCAGAGAGCUGGACAGCUGGACAGACAGCCAGCUGGACAGACAGACGGCCGGGCAGGCAGAGCCACCGGGCCGUGGCAGCCGCUGCCUGCGGAGCCACUCCCGGGGGCGGGGAAGGCCGAAGGGAACAAAACAAUCGGAAAGAAGGAAGGAAAGCAAACAGAGAGCACAAACCAAAGAGCGGCGACCUCCGGACCUCGGCACCGCCGCCACCGCAGCCCAAAGGUCACCCGGCGGACCUUGGCCACCGGCCCCGCAGCGCUGGUGGCCAUGGCGGUGCUGCCGGCCCUGGUGGCCUUGGUGGCCGUGCUGCUGGUCCUGGUUCCAGCGGCCGCAGCCCGCUUGGUGCCGUUCCUGUGGGAGGACCUGGCGUUCUUCACCACCAUGGCGAGGGCAUCGCUGCGUUGCCGCCGGCGCCUGGCCGGCCGGCCGGCCACCACCCUGCUGGACGUGUUCCGGCAGCACGCCCGGCUCCGGCCGCGCCGGCCGCUGCUGCUCUUCCAGGACGAGGUCUACACCUUCGAGGACAUGGAGCGCCGCAGCAACCGCGCCGCCUGGGCCCUGUCGCGGCGCCUGGGGCCGCGCGGCGGCCGCACGGUGGCCGUGUUCCUGCCCAACGAGCCGGCCUACCUGUGGACGUGGCUGGCGUUGGCCAAGUUGGGUUGCCCCAUGGCUUGUCUCAACUGCAACGUCAGGGGCCGGGCCCUGCGGCACGCGCUGGAGGCGGCCGAGGCCACCGUGCUGCUGGCCAGCCCUGAGCUCCACGAGGCCGUGGAGGAGGUUCUGCCUGACCUGCGGCGCGCCGGCGUCGCUGUUUUCUACCUGAGCGCGGUGUCGCCCACGCCGGGCGUAGAGGCACUGCUGCCCGCCAUCGAGGCGGCGCCCGAGGAGCCGCCGCCUGCCGUGCACCGCGCCGGCGUCACCGCCAACUCCAAGGCCAUGUACAUCUACACCUCAGGCACCACCGGGCUGCCCAAGGCCGCGGUGAUCACGGAGAUGAAGCUGAUGAUGGUGGCCAGCCUGGCCCGCAUGUGCGGCCUGCGGCCCGACGACGUCGUCUACACCACGCUGCCGCUCUACCACUCGGCCGGGCUGCUGGUGGGGCUCGGGGGGUGCCUGGACGUCGGAGCCACCUGCGUCCUGCGGGCCAAGUUCUCGGCCUCUCAGUUCUGGCCCGACUGCCGGCGCUACAACGUCUCCGUCAUCCAGUACGUGGGCGAGCUCAUGCGCUACCUGUGCAACACGCCCAAGCGUGCCGAUGACCGGGAGCACGGCGUGCGCAUGGCCCUGGGCAACGGCCUGAGGGCGGAGGUGUGGAAGGAGUUCCUGCAGCGCUUCGGGCCCGUGGCCGUCUGUGAGUUCUACGGAGCCACCGAGGGCAACGCCGGCUUCAUCAACUACACCGGCAAGGUCGGGGCCGUGGGCAGGGCCAACAGGUUCGUCAAGCUCUUCGCUCCCUUCGAGCUCAUCAGGUACAACGUGGAGCAGGACGAGCCCGUGCGCGACGAGCGGGGGCUCUGCAUCCCCACCAAACCCGGUGAGACGGGGCUGCUGGUGAUCAAGAUCACCAAGAACACCCCGUUCCACGGCUACGCCGGCGACUCGCAGAAGACCGAGAAGAAGAUCCUGAGGGACGUCUUGGCCAAAGGCGACGCCUUCUUCAACAGCGGCGACCUCCUCAUGAUGGACAGCCAGAAGUUCAUCUACUUCCAGGACCGUGUCGGGGACACCUUCCGGUGGAAAGGGGAGAACGUGGCCACGACGGAGGUGGAGGCCACGCUGGGCUUGGUGAGCUUCAUCCAGGAGGUCAACGUCUACGGCGUGGCCGUUCCGGGGUGCGAGGGCCGCUGUGGCAUGGCCGCCGUGCGCCUCAAGGACGGGGCCACCUUCGACGGUGACAAACUCUACGCCUUCACGCAGGACACGCUGCCCGCCUACGCCGCCCCCCGCUUCAUCCGGAUCCAGGACGCUCUGGAGAUCACGGGCACCUUCAAGCAGUGCAAGAGCAACCUGGUCAAGGAGGGCUUCGACCCCAACCUCGUCCGGGACCGGCUCUUCCUGCGCGACGCCGCGCGCCGAUCCUACGUGCCGCUGAGCGCCGCUGCCUUCCGGGACAUCCAGGAUGGGAGGCUCGCGCUGUAGCGGCCCGCGGUAAUUAGCAAAGGCUAAUUAGGGGCUAAUCAGGCACUUUGGGCAGUUCUGGAGCACCUUGGACUUGGUGGAAAUUAAACCCUUAAUUCCCA